AUGUUUACAGUGCAUGGACAAAACAACACUACCAUAGGCAUUGCUUCAUCUACCAUUUCAAGGGUACUUACUCCAAGCCAUCAUCUUACAUCAACACCUAUUGUAAUGCCAUCUACUACUAGUAACAUUAAACCCACACCCACCACUACUGUUUCCUCUGUGACUGUCACAGUCAGACCCACAACCUCAAACGUCAGUACAGUACCCACUCCUGGAAGCAGCUCAACACCUACAAGCAAACCUGGAAACCACAGUACAACAGUACCAACCACAAAUGUGAAGCCAUCUCCUGUGACACCAUCCCCAAAAGGUAGAUCUUUUAGUUUGGCCGUUCAAAAAGUUUUGAUUGGUAUUCCCAUUACUGGUAAUGCUGAGGUGAAUGUGUCAAGAGUUGACUAUUAAUACUAUUACCUAAAACGCUUUUGUUAUUGCUGCAUAUGUACAAUCUAUUACACUUGUCUUGUCCUUUUUGCAACACCUUCAUUAUUAUUAAAGCACUUUCUGCUUCAUUUGUUUUUUUAAAAAUUCAUUUUGGAAUCAACAUAAUGUCAGCAAAUUUCUAGUGUGCCAUUGAUUAUACUUUAUACAAGUUUAAAUUUUCUAAUUUCUGUGUAUGAAGUAACAGCAAUGUAGAGUGGAUUCUUAUUUGCUCUCUUAUAUGUUUCUGAUUACAACGUAGGUUAACAUCUCACUUUCAGAUUGUGCGUGCAGUCCUCUGUGGAUGUGAAAUGUAAUUUGAAUUUUUGACUUUGCCUGUAAAUAAAUUUCACAUAUGUUCACCUGAUUUGUUUACUGGUAAUGAUGAGUUUGAUCAUUACAGACAGAAUUGACUGACACAAAGUUCUGAUACCAAACCCUUACUGAACACAACACAGUGUGAACUAGUUUACCCAGACGUUUUUGUUGCAGGUCAAAAUUAAAUUCAGGUAACAAUUUUUUCCCCUAGCCCCAAUUACUCAUGAAUUAGGGCUGAAGACAAAAGAAAUUGAGAUUCACCCUAGUUGAAAAAUUAUAACCUGAGUAAUUAUAAUUUUGACCUGUAACAUUUUCAAAAGUUGUAAUGUCACUGUAGUAUUAACAGGGUUACUUCUGUUUUGUUUUAGGGCAUCAUAAUGGUGGUUCAGGUAGUUCUAGUGGAAAGUGGGUGGCUACUGGAUUUGCUGUAUUGUUUGGUAUAACAACCAUUGUGAUGACUGUACUGUACUGCCGACAGCGCAAGAUCUAUAGAGAGCUGGAAGGUGACAGUUCCCUGUCAAGGCUAAUCUAG